UCCAUGCGUCCCACGACCACUCUGUGAAAUCCCAUCCACCUCGUUCCGGACAGUUCCGUCCAACAAAAGCUUCGCAAAGGCGGAUGCUAGAGUGACUUACUGUUGUUUAAGGUACUUGUAUGGACAUGUCCGUAGAUGGCGAAAAAGUUGGCUCACAUUUUGACCCGCCGUUCCGCAGAGAGCUCCUGCCGACGGCCACGGACUUUGCCAGUGGACAAACAGUCGUUCCACUAUUGCCAACAACAUAUCGCCAUCGCUACAGAGUCCAGCUUGUCAGUUCGAAUGUCAACUCGUUUCUGCAAUGCGAAUUCGACGUCUCUAGGCUGAACCGUGUCCACAAGUGGCUAUGGCUCUGUGGACUACCAAAUUCUCCGCGGCCGCUGCACUAUCAACGGAUCAAGAAACGAGACAUAGUCAUUACGGAGCAAAUUGACCUUCAUCUCGUAUGGUCCCCAUCUCGUAUUUUCAUCAAGCCCCUUCCGCGCUUCCUCCUUUCGCCCCAAUUCUGGCAACAACACAUCUGCCCGGAUACCGGUCUCUAUCGAACAGCCUUUGGGUUCCUUCUAUCAUAUAUAGCCCUUAUUGAACGGGAAGUCGACUUCCAGCUGGCCACUUCCCUCUCACUGAUCCCACCGGAGGUCACUUGGGCCGCAUGGCUCGCAUUCGCCGAGGAAGUUGUCCUAACUUCAUCCCAAACACGUUCGUAUUUCUCGGCAGAUGAGACAUCGCCUUCAUAUUCCCAGCAUCGUGUUCCAGUUAACUGCCGAUUUUAUUACGGUGAACUACGGCUGGGGAGAUUGAACUGGAUCUACCGCUUAUAUCUGGGAAGACCGCGCGGAUAUCUGAGCGGAUGUACUACUUACGGGGCAUUUGUGCGCGACAACGCCAACUCAUUCAUCACUCUCUUUGCGUACACCACGAUCGUGUUAUCGGCUAUGCAGGUGGGACUUGCCACACAGUGGUUGAGCGACAGUUAUGCCUUCGGCAUGGCAUCCUACGUUUUCUCUGUGUUUUCAAUUGUUGCUCCACUUUUUGCUCUCAUUGGACUGUUUUGCAUAUUGGUGGUUUUGUUUGCAGUCAAUCUGUCUCGCACAUUGAGGAUUAGAUGGAAAAGAAAACGGCAAGGGGUUGGAGUGUAGUAGGUACAAUGAGGAGCGUAAGGUUACCGAGUCAUAUGGUCGGCACUACCCGGAAUUCAGUGUGAUUGUCGAGUCGAUAUACAUAGUAGCUGGAUUUCAGCCUUGCAAAAUCUCCAGGAGUUUGCUACUUUGUUC